GGUGCUGGACGAUGCUAGAUAGUUUGUAGUAUGAAUUAAGUUUUGAGGAGAUCAUAAUUUUAUUAGUUUAUAAGAAGCAAAAUUGAAAUUGAUCUUGUUAAUUAAUGAUCCAAGUGUUUAAAAAGUUACAAUAUAUAUAUAUUUGUGCAAGGUAAGAUUAAUUUUAUACAUAUAAUAAAUAUAAUUCGAAUCGCAGAUAAUAGAAGCUUAAAGUUCAAAAUUUCUGAUCUAGUUACGUGCGGAGUAGCGGAACUCGUGGUCUUUACUUAUUCAGUGAUUGCAACGUUUUUCUCCCUAUGGAUUACGCGUUUAAGCGAACUGAAAGGUAACGAUAGCUGCUUAGUUUCUGUGCUAACUUCUGACUGCCUGUUUUUUGGAGACAGACUAAAGUUUUGAGGUCAAAAUUUCUUGGCAAAAUCUGCUGCUAGUGUUACGGUACGUGGUGUUAGAAUUUAGAGACAUUUACGAAAUAAUUUUUCAGAGACAGUCUUUAACACUUUUUGUUUGUUUUGUACUGACGACAGUUUGAUCGAGAACGUAGUGUUAGAUAACUGUUUUUAAACACUAUGGAGGCUUUCAUUUUGCUGUUGAUGUUUGUGUACUGAAAAUACGUCGAACCAGCACGUUGUUAGUCGUCGGGAUCGUUGUGUUUCAGACUAUGUUGGGAAAUGGACUGGAUGUCGGUUCUACUCACCUUAAUGCUUAUUCUCCGUUUCGAGAAAGUAGCUGGACAGUACUAUAAUGGCGACGAUGAAAUUGAGAAAAUCUAUGUCCGUGCUGGAAGUAAUGUCACACUUCCAUGUCGCCCGGCGGAAGAUUCUUCCAACAUCCUUCAGGUGGAGUGGUGGAAGGAGGACAAAAGAAUGGUAGAAAUGCGUGAGGAAAAAGUGACUGUAUGGGAAGCUGAACCAGAAGUGUCGAUUUUGCCCGAUUCCUACGCCCUUCAUUUCCGGCUUGUAACCUAUCGAGUUAGUGGAGAAUAUCAAUGUAUUGUAAAUGGAAAAGGAGAAAAGGAAGGCAUUUUGAGGCUCUUUGUUCAAGACAUUCCGGACCGAACAGGAAUGCCCCUGAUUAUGGGCUUUACAUCUAGGUCAGUGAACCUGUCUUGGGCACCCAGUGUAGACAAUCACUUCAGCCCUAUCAUCCACUACAUCAUUCAUGUCAGGCGAAUUGUCACCAUAAAGCCUCUUUCUCUGCGGACAGGAAGGACAAAUUCCAGCUCUGACUUUCUGGAAAGGCUGGCGCCCGAUGGAAAGCCCACUAUUAUAUCUGCUCACAACACAAGUAGUUCUUCGGUACGUCUCCAGUGGGCACCACCUCACAAAGACACAAUUAAUGGAGAAUUUUUAGGAUACCGGAUACUGUAUAGGCCUCGCGACCGGCCAGGGGUUGAGAGAGAGAGAAUAUUAAGAAAUUCCUCUUUAAAAGAAUACACAAUUAGAAAUCUGGAAUCUUUUACACAGUAUCUUAUAUCAUUACAAGUAUUUAAUCCUGAAGGGCGUGGUCCACCUGUAAGUGUAGCUGUCAUGACUGAAGAAGGAGAACCAAGUAGACCUCAAAAUUUCACAUGUUUUGGAAUCAACAAUACUACUGUGUGGCUAAACUGGACAGAACCUGAAUAUCCAAAUGGUAUUAUAAAGGGGUAUACCAUGUACUGGCAGUCAGCUGGAAAUGAAAUCAGAAAUAAGACAGUGUACAACCCCCAAACUGACAUGAAAUAUGUAGUUUCUAAUCUCCUACCGUACACAAAGUACAGUUUCUGGGUGGAAGCUUUCACAAGUAAAAACCAAGGUGAACCAACUGAGAAGCUAGAAGUUUGGACUGAUGUGAAAGGGCCAAGUGCUCCAAACAUUGUCAACCUAACCUGUCACUCUCUAGAUACUAUAUACGUCCAGUGGGAAAGGCCACAGAUUUUCCAUAAGUCUGUUGAUCAUUAUUAUGUCUAUUAUCGCUCUGAAAAGUCUUGGGAUUUUACAAGAAUAGAUGUUAAUGCAACAGAUCAAGAGAAGUUCAUUUCAAACCUUACAACAAAUACCAUGUAUGAGGUGAAGAUUUGUGGAGCAACUCGUAGUAUUAUUAAACAACAAAAGUUUUACCAAGGGCAGUUUUCCGAGUCUCGGAAGGUGCUUCUGCAGAGUAACUGUCAAAGUAGUGUAAGCAGCCCAUUGACUGAGUCCAGUGUUAAUGCAGGGCUUAUAGCUGGGAUAGUCUGUGCUUCAUUUGCUUUUAUACUGGCUAUAAUAUUCUUUAUUUUGUGGAGAAAGUACUUUCAAGCUGACUACUAUUAUCUUGAUGACCCUCCAGGAAACAGGGCUUCUCCUCAACUCUCAGAAUCAUUUG